AGGUGGUGUGUGUUGAUAUGUGGUGGUGAAUGGUGAGGUGGUGGUGAUGUGUGGUACAAACAGCAUGAAGCGGCGCCCAUUAACAUAGCCCCGUCCGUCACCUGUCACGCCGACGGUCAUUAAUUCGCGCAUAUCAUUAAUCCACGGACAGGUAGAGGACGGCCGAUAAGGGUAAAUAGUUUGUUUAUCGCUGCUUCCUAUAUUGGGUUCUAUUUUUUCCCCUCGGGUGUUUUGAGGCCUCAUGUGUGGUACAAACGAAUAAUAACCGCAGUAUGACCAUGACAAAUGGAUAAAGAUUGUUAUUAUUAACGAGUCAAUAUCUCGUUUCCUACUCAACCAACUGCUCUUCUGUUGUCACGUAUAAAUUUUCUGCUAACCUUCAAACCUUCCUGAAAACCAUAGACAAGAGUGUAGAAAUCAAGGCAAGUGUGAAAAUAGCCAUGAAAUGAGUGUGGGAACUCGCGCGGCUGCCGGGGCCUAAAAUGUCCCGCGGCAACCAAAUCCCGCGGCUCAGCACGGCUAAAAUCCAUUAGGAGUGUUCUCGCUGUUACUGCGAGGGAACUUCGACCCCUCGACCUCCUUUCGGGUUACUAAAAAGAAAGGUGAAUAUAUAUUUAACUUCCUAAAGAGGGGACUCUGCCCCCCUCACUCCCUGUGUUUCCACAUAUCGUCACACUGGGCACACUACGGUUAUCUUGCAUUUACACAACAAAUGAGGUUUCAAAAAACUCUAAUUAACUAAAAAUAAAUAAAUAAAAAACAUCAGAAAUAGGAAGUGGCAAUAAAGGCAUAAAUAAUUACAGUGCUGCACCCUACAUAAAAGCAGCUCUGAAAGCACCUCAUUAGACCCUCAGGCACAUGAACCAUACAUACUUAUAACCAUACAAAUUAAAAAUAUGCAAAUGUAUUGAUUAACAUACUAAUUCAUCACCACACAAAUUUAUUCUGUACCAAACAAAUUUAGUCCCAUACAUUACUUUAAUAUCACUCGUAUUCUAAAUUCAAACAAUUUUCUUUUUCGUAUUAAGGAGGAAAUACUAUUGUUCAACCUUGGAAUGUGAUCAGGACGCAAGGGGGGCUUACGUUUAGUGGGGUUAGUGCACCGUCCGUGAAGGUGAUAGUGAUUUAUGGUGGUGGUGAUGGUGAUAAGCGUGAUAGCGCGGUGCUGAUACGGCGUAAUGAUGCGAUGGGGGGAUGUGCUGGCAUGUGGAGGUGAUUACUUGCGCUUUCCUCUCCCAUCUUCACUGACCUAUCUUUUUUCCCUUUUCUUUCCUUGCAAUCCUUUCCUCGUUUUUCUUUUUUUUCCUCUUGCUUCAUUUUCGUGCCCUUUCCUUUUUUCUCUUCCUGUUCUUUUCUUUCUUUCUUCAUUAACCUAUUUUCUUUCCCUUUUCUUUCUUUGCAAUCCUUUCACUUUCUUUUCUUUCCUCGUUUCGUUUUUUCCUCUUGCUUCAUUUUCGUGUCCUUUCCUUUCUUUCUCUUCCUCUUCUUUCCUCUUUUUCCCGUCCUUUCCCUUACCUCUCAUUUCCUACUCUUUUCAUCUUAACCCAUUAUUUCCCUUUUCUUUCCCAUCUUUUUCCUUUCCUUUCCUCUCUUAUCAUGCCUUCCUUUUCAUACCCUUUCCUUUCUUUCUCUUUCCCUCUCUUCUUUAACCCUUUCUUUCAUAGUACCUUCCCUUCCCUUCCCUUCCCUCCUGCUUUCACUUUCCACACUUUUCUUUUCUCUUCCCAUCCCAUCCUAUCCUUUUGCAGCCCCUCCCUUGCUAUCACUUCCUUUCCCUUCCCUUCCUUACCCUUCCCUACCACUUUAACUUCCAAUACAAUCUCCAAUUUACCCCAAAGAGGAUAAAUGACGAAUAGCUCCAGAGUUCUUUCUAACGCAAACUACCAAUCAUCGCCAACAUCAUCACCACGCAACACCAUCACACCUUUAAUUGAUCCCAGGUGUCCACGCUCCACAGGUGGUGUCGGCCAGCAGUGAGCGGCCAUGUCCGCGGCGUCGCUGGCUUCCUUCGUGAUCGGCAAGCUGACGACCCCCGAGCCGAGGACAGGUGACGCGAGUGACAUGAGCGACCGCGGCCAGCCCUCCCCGACGCCCCGCCUGACCACAGUGUGGGGCCCCAAGUCCAUCCCUUACGAUAUCCCCAACACCAACCAGCCCUUCAAAAGUGACGGUUCUCUCUUACGGCUUCUUCGCUCCAAGUCCAUGCCGAUGCUCGGCCGUGAGGGCACCCCUCCCCCAGGCCGCCAGGCAGCGCCUCCGCAGAGCCGCCCCCCACCCAGGAGCGAAUCCCCGUCCCCUGUACGCUGUGCCGCCAUUCGCGGCGCCAAUACGCAGAGUAGCGGCUACGUUAGUGACGCCUCAGAGUCCACGGUAGCCUCCUUGGCCACGCCACCCCCCACCCCACGCUCCCCCUCCCCGAGUGGGCAGCGACGCACCCGAUCACACUCAGACGGUCACUUGUGGCAGCGGCGGAAGCGGCAGAUGAGGAAGGACACGCAGAAGUCGGCCGUCGUCCUUCCUUCAGUUAAGGACCUCCGAGGAAAGAUUGAAAGCAAUCCCACGCCCCAGCAGGGAGACGAACAGCCCACCGGACAAGGACAACCUGCCGGCGAGGCUUCCGAGGAGAGCCCCAAGGCGGGCAUUGGUCCUGACAGACGGUGGGUGAGUCGCCACAACAGCCUGCUGCUGCGGGAGCCCAGGAGCCCGGAGCGGCGGCAACCCCCGAAGCCUGCCGUCACGGCUGCAUCCGUCAGGAAGCGGCUCCAGGAAUACGAAGAUUCACCACAGCACGUGGACGAGGCCAGUGAAGUGUUUAUGAUGACCGACCAGCAGGACCUCCGCGGCAAGUCCCGCAGCGAGGCCAGCCUCAAGACCGCCAGGCCGGAGCCAGAAUCUGGCGAAGUGAUGCGCCGCACGUCCGACCACGCGGCACGGAUGCGAAAGAAAAACCAUCGGCGGUCCAAGAGCGAGCCUGACGCCUCAUCUGUGCUGCGCUACCACGCCCAGAGCUCCCCGCCCAGCGUCAAGAAGCUCAAGAUGCUAUUUGAGAGGGAGGCCACGCAAGACAGCGGUCGCGAGCCUCCACCCCUCAGCCCCAGCAGGACGGUGCUAGAGACAACCCCCGAGGCGCCACGAACACAAAUAUUCAUCAAACUCUCCCAGGAGGAGGGCGUGGUACAAGUGGGGGUGGGAGCCACCGCUGUGCCGGUCAAGACCCCGCCAAUGGAGCACCCGGAGCGCGUGCUUCCCGCCUGGACACCCUCCGUCAGGAGUCUGCGGCAGCGCUUCGAGGCCGGAGCUUCAGGCCAGUCCUUCAUGUCCACUGAGAAGGUGACAAUUACGAGGACGAGCCGCAUCGUCAUCCACACCCUCAGGACGCCCUUCGAGAGGCCGUUGCCGCGCCAGGCCAGGAGCAUGUCCCCUGAGAAGGAGCAGCGCGGCUCCCUCACCAGGAUGUCCAGCGCCUCCGUCAAAAACCUCCAGAUGCAGUUUGAGCCUCCGCUCAGCCCCGUUGAGGAUGCCCCACCCCUCCCACUGACUCCGCCGCCAAGCCACGCCGCGGCCAAGGGCAAGGUCACUCCCAAGGUUGAGAAGGACUCCAGGCGGUGGCUGCAGCGGCAGUCGAGGACCAGCAGCUCCUCGUCCUCCAGUGAUGACGAGAAGGAUGACAACAAGCGACGGCAAAGAGAACUCGAGGAGAAGAGAAAAGAAGAGGAGAAGGCGAAGAAAAAGCAAAGACUUGAGCAAGAAGAGAGAGAGAAAAAGAAAAAGCUAGAGCAAGAAAAGGCAGAGAAGGAAAGAAUCGCGAAGGAAAAGGAGAGAAUCGCUAAAGAAGAAAAGGAGAGGAAGGAAAGAGAAGAGAGGGAGAGGAGAACUAGGGAAGAAAUGGAAAAGAAUGAGAGAGAAGAAAAUAAAAAAGAGGAAAAGGCUGAUAGGGACUCCGACGUGGCCUCCCUCGUGCAGAAGUUCCGCAAGAUGAACGCGCGGUGGCGGUCGUCGUCGUCGUCUUCCUCGUCAGACUGUGACGGCGGCAGAGCGUCCCCCGAGAAGCCCAAGCCGACGCCCAUCCCGACGAUCCCCGCCCGCACCACCGUCCCCGACAAGGUGCGCACCCUCAGGGCCGACGAGCUGCGCUUCUUCGGGACCUCGGGCGGCGCCACUGAGCCCUUCAUGCGCACCCAGAGUCUGCGCGGCAAAAAGAAAGAGUCGUCGUCCUUCGCCAAGCCUCGCUUCGGGUCGCUGCGCGGCGGCAAGUCACGCGUGCCAGUGAUCUCCACCUCCAGCAGCACCAACGCCGCGCUGCCCAAAAACUGCCGCCACCUCUACGAGGACGAGCUGCGCUUCUUCGGGAUCUCGGGCGGCGAAAGCGGCGUCACUGUGCCCUUCAUGCGCACCGUGAGUCUACGCGGCAAGAAGAGCGAGUCGUCGUCCUUCGCCAAGCAUCCCUUCGGGUCGCUGCGCGGCAAGAAGAGCGAGUCGUCGUCUUUCGCCAAGACUCGCUUCAGGUCGCUGCGCGGCGGCAAGUCACGCGUGGCGGUGAUCUCCACCUCCAGCAGCACCAACGCCGCGCUGCCCAAAAACUGCCGUAACCUCUACGAGGACGAGCUGCGCUUCUUCGGGAUCUCGGGCGCCGAGAGCGGCGCCACUGUGCCCUUCAUGCGCACCGUGAGUCUGCGCGGCAAGAAGAGCGAGUCGUCGUCCAGGGCCAAGCCUCGCUUCGGGUCGCUGCGCGGCGGCAAGUCCCGCGUGCCGGUGAUCUCCACCUCCAGCAGCACUAACGCCUCGCUUCCCAAAAACUGCCGUAACCUCUACAAGGACGAGCUGCGCUUCUUCGGGAUCUCGGGCGGCGAGAGCGGCGUAACUGAACACUACAUGCGCACCCGGAGUCUGCGCGGCAAGAAGAGCGAGUCGUCGUCCUUCGCCAAGCCCCGCUUCGGGUCGCUGCGCGGCGGCAAGUCACGGGUGGCGGUGAUCUCCACCUCCAGCAGCACCAACGCCGCGCUGCCCAAAAACUGCCGCCACCUCAACAAGGACGAGCUGCGCUUCUUCGAGGGCAAAGUGACCAAUAUCUACCAAAGCCGCGCCACCUCGGACAGGGACGGCAAGACCACCAGGGGAGAGGGCAAGCCCCCUGCAGUGCCUCGGGACAACACCCUUCCGGACUCCGAGGUGUUUUUUCGCUUAGCGGGGCGGGGCGGGCCUGCACCCAAGGGCACCGGCCGCCCCGCCCCUCGCGAGGACGACUCUUGACUCCGACUCUGAGCCGAGCGUUCUCCGCGGCAGCGAGGGACUCACAGACUCUGAGGGGGACCUGUACGAGCUGGACAUCACCCUCAGGAGCGAGACCGACACCGACGACACCUCGGACAAGGAGGAGCACGCCCUGGACCACCCCAUGUCCCUGCUUGUGCACUCCAUCCAGAGCAAGCUGCUGCACCCUGUUGACGCCUCCGGGGCAGGGGAGGAGGACACGCGAUGUUACGUGGUGUUCAGUCCCAGCGACUACCUCGAGAGCAGCGGUGACGAGGACGACGACCAUGCGUACAAGUUCCCCCUUGCCUCGCCGACACUCACAGAGAACGUCCCGACGCCGACUCUCACAGAAAACCGCGGCCCCCCGGUGGUGGCGCUGGACGAAGGGCCUGGCCCCGCAGCCCCGAGUCAGGCCGUGCUGCCCGACCCAGCCGCCAAGGGUAUCAAGGCUGAAGCCAAUGAUACACAGCACCUUGAAUCAAUACGGACCAACACGGAGCAAAUACUUAAGGCCUCCUCUCAACCCUCCGUGAAGUCACACAGAAAACGGCGACAUUAUUGAUCUAGGGGACACUGAAGGAACCGUGCGCCCCUUGCUGACGCUCGACAAACAGAUGCUGAAAAUUGUCACUCACGGAAAACAUCAGGAACUCAAAGCCAUUGCUAACCCGUGUACUUAACUAAUGAAACACAUGGAUAAUUCCUGGAUCAGUUUUAAUUAUCGUAUAUACGUUGUUGAUAUAUUUCCUUGUUUCCCUCCUCAGUGCCUGCCUUGUUUUAAGUGUUUCAUUAUCAGAUUCUUUAUUUAAUUGUUCUAAGAUAGUCAUUUAUUGUAAGUUGAUUGUUUUAUGAUAUCAAGAAAUCAUCAACGUCCUUUCCGAAUAUUUUUUGUUCAUAUAAUGCUAUGUUUUCCACCUCACUAAUAGGUUGUGUCUUUUUGGUUUCAUGAUCAAAUUCCUACUUUUAAUGUUCCGCCACAGUCUGGUUUUGAGAGAACAAACGAAAAAAAAACAUUUACUUUUCGUAUUUUUCAUAUUACUUUUUAUUCUUCUUUACUGUUCGGUUGGAUUUUACUAGUUUUAUUACCAAAUUAUUUAUUUUCGUGUUCAGCCUCAGUCAUCUGUUCACUUCGUUUUUUGGUCUGAAUUGGAAAAUUGAAAAAAACUUCCUUUAAGUAUUUUUGGUUUAUACUGUUUUGUGUUCCUCUUCACUGUAAAGUUGGUUCAUGCUCUUUUUCAUUCCCAAAGUCCUUUUUUUAAGGUGUUCUACCGCAGCCAUUUGUUCAUUACAUUUUGUUUUUAAAUUAAGAAAGUGAAUUAUUUUAUUCUUUUCGUUUAUUCCUUUAUAAUGUAAAGCUAUAUUUUUUUUCUCUCAAUGGUCAUAUAUAUUUCAUUUGUUUUAUUACUGAAUUCCCUCUUUCUGUGUCCAAUCAUACCACCCAAUCAAUUAUUAUUAUUUUAAUUGUUGCAAAACUGAAUAAACAAUUUAAUCAAG